AUGGCCAUGGCCAGCAACGAGCACAAGAUCGACCACCUGGACCAGCCCAUCCCCCCUCCCGCGGCACCCGACGCCGGCAGCGGCGGCGUCGUUCCCCCUGCGCGGCGCCGCGACGCGUACGCGCUCGCCUGCCGCGCGCUCACGCUCGUGCUCAUCGCUCUCGGCGUCGUGGCGCUGUUGCUCUGGCUCGUCUACCAGCCCAGCAGCCUCAAGGCCUACGCCGACUCCGCGCAGCUCACCCGCUUCGACCUCGCCGGCGACAACAACGGCGCCCGGCUGCGGUUCGACCUCACCGUCGGCGUGAGCAUCCGCAACCCGAACCGGAGGCAGGCCGUGCUGUACCGGCGGCUGGAGGCAGUCGCGCUCUACGGCGGCGAGCGGCUCGGGCGCGCGGCGGACCUCCCGCGGAUGCGGCAGCCGCGCAAGAGCACGGUGGAGGUGCGGACCGGAUUCCGCGGCGAGGGGGCCGCCGCCGUCUCCCCCGCCGCCGCGGCGCUGUUCCGCAGGGAGAAGGAGGAGUGGUUCUUCGGCAUCGGCGUGAAGCUCCACUCGAGGGUGCGGCUGAAGGUGGCCGUCGUGGACAGCGUCGAGUACAGGCCCGACGUGGACUGCUACAUCAGGGUCCCCGACCCGAGCAACACGACGGCGGUGGCGCAGGGGUUCACGCCGACGCAGUGCCAUGUCGACGACUUCUCGUGACGUACACAGCGCCGAAGCUGGGAGCGAUAAGUUUCAGACGUUACGCCGAUGAUGAGUUGAUCAAUUCGUUUAAUCCCUUUUUUCUUUUAAUCCGAGGCUAGCUAGACGACAUUCCGUCGACGUUCCAACAUUGCCGUAGAUGAACUAAUGUAGAUGAAUAUAUCCAUUGGAGCACCGGUGUGUUUGUCUGUAUGUGAACUAAUGCAGAUGAACAUAU